CAAGUGGCGGGUUCAUGACCGUAAGUUCAGCAGACUCAGCGGGACCACAGCAUCACAGAAUGAGUGAAAACCAGCAGGGUCUCGUUUAUGUCAUCACCGGAGGUUCCGGUUUUCUCGGCAGGCACCUGCUGAGGCUUUUGCUGGAGAAGGAGGACAAACUGGUUGAGGUCCGUGUGUUUGACAAACAUACAGACUCAAGUUUAAGUGAGCUCAGCACAGAGCAGACAAAGGUGGUGGUCAUCCAGGGGGACAUCACGGACUACAGCAGCGUGCUGGAGGCCUGCCGUGGGGCCGAUGUCGUCGUCCAUACAGCCAGCUUGGUGGACGUUUGGCACAGAGUCCCAGAGACCCUCAUCUACUCUGUCAACGUCACAGGAACGGAGAAUGUGAUCAAUGCCUGUGUGGAGUGUGGCAUCCAGUCCCUGGUCUACACCAGCAGCAUGGAAGUGAUCGGCCCCAACAUCAGUGGAGACCCUUUUAUCAGGGGCAAUGAAGACACACCUUACCCUGUGAAACACUCGAUGGCCUAUCCUAAGAGCAAGGCAAAGGCAGAGCAAAUUGUGCUCGAAGCAAAUGGCACCAAGGUGAAAGGUGGAAAGUGUCUGCACACAUGCUCUCUGAGGCCGACAGGGAUCUAUGGUGAGGGACAUGAGCUCAUUCGGGAUUUCUACAAGCAGGGCGUGCAAAGGGGAGGCCUGAUCAUCGGGGGUAUUCCAGAAAACUCUGAACAUGGACGGGUCUAUGCAGGCAACGUGGCCUGGAUGCACGUGCUUGCAUCCCGAGCCCUGAGGGAGCGCCCGCAGACUGUGGGAGGUGAAGCUUUCUUCUGCUAUGAUGACUCGCCCUAUAAGAGCUACGAGGAUUUCAACAUGGUGCUCCUCUCCGCAUUUAACUUCCGAAGGGUCCGCAUUCCCUUGCUGCUCCUCUGGUUCCUGGCCAUGCUCAAUGACCUGCUCCGCUGGAUACUGAGCCCCGUGUACAACUUCACACCGUUGCUGAACCGUUACACCUUGGCCGUGGCUUGUACCUCCUUCACUGUCUGCACAGACAAAGCCCUGCGUCACUUUCAGUACCGGCCUCUGUACGAAUGGGAUCAGUGUCUUUCCCGCACACAGAAAUGGAUCAACAGUUUCCCUUUGGAUAACCCCAAAGACUCUUAAUGUGACCUCAACUGCCACAACACGCAUCAGAAGCUGCUAGACAUGCAGGACUCCAGAUAUAUGCCUGUAAAGGAGCAACCUGCUAUUAGUUAUUAUUAAUAUAAAUCAAAUGUAAGCAAAUAAUAGUUACUUUGAUGGAAGAACAAUUUAGUUCAGUGUCAUAUCUGUGUAAUAUACACAAUGAAAGCACUUGUUCAGAUGAUGCACAUACGUUAGCAGCCUUGUUAAACAAGUCAUGAUUUAUUGGAUUCCACUGGAUUCAGUUCUUUGGGAUUUGGUUGGUACAAGAAAUCGUUUCUUCUACAGAGACUGUGCUGUUGUAUUUCAAUAAUUACAAUGCAAUUAUGCCAGUUAUGACAAAUGUAAACACAACUUACAGGCAUUCACUACAUGUACAGAAUUUGGACAUGGAUCCGUAAUUUAGAAAUGUAUAUACCAGUGUAUUAUGUUGCAUAAUUUAAAGAAUACUUUUAUAAAAUGUAUUGUGUACAGUUAAUUUUUUGUAAUUUUAAAUAAAGAUUAUCUAAUAU